CAUUCGAUGUUCUUAUAAAAAAAUUAAUCUAUUUAUAUAUAUAAAAUGACAUAAAAUGUAUAUAUAAAAUAACUAGUGGGAUGAGGAUGAAAGUUUAAAGUUUGAAUUGUCAAAAGUUGAAGAGGACAUUGUCAAAAAUUAUUAGUGAUUCAUGAAAAUAUAAAUAUAAUUUUGAACACUUAUCACACUACAUAUAUCUACCGAUCGAGCAAUGUUAAAGAUCCAAGAAUUAUUCUCUAAGAGGUCAGUCUCUUGUUACAAUUUCGUGGACUACAUCCUUUUAUUGGUUUGUCCAUCAUUACUUAUAAAAUAGCACUAAUUUAUUACCAUUUUAUAAUCCUUUAAAAAAAUGCCGAAUAUUGAAUGCUGUCAAUGUGCACACGUUUGGAUUAUCAGAACAUUUUGGGGACGGAAAUGGUAUGCAGUUAUCGCUUUAUUAGGCAUCGUGUCAAUUAUUUUAAUUCAACAAUUCUUAUUCGCAUCCUAUCUUCCUUUGGAUCAGAUAAAACGUAAUACAUAUUUAGAUGAGCUAGAUCAGGAUGUUUUGAAUAGGUGGUAUAACUUUACCGACGGCGUUAAAUGGUAUAAUAAUAAGAUACAAUCACCAUCAAAUCCAACAAAUUGGCAGCAAUACAUAACCGAUAUUCGACGAUAUUGGAUACUUUGGAAAUACAAUCCGAAUUAUUCGUAUAAUCUUGAAAAUCCAGAGAUCAAUGAUCCAUCAAUGGGUCAAGCGAGUGUUAUUCGAAAAAUUUUCAAAGAUAAGAAAAAUGGUUUCUUCGUAGAAUGUGGUGCUUAUGAUGGAGAAACUCGAAGUAAUACCUUGGUAUUGGAACGAUUCUUUAAUUGGAGUGGUCUUCUGAUAGAAGCAGAUCCUAUAAAUUUUAAUAAAAUGUUGAAGAAAAAUAGAAGGGCUUACCUAACGCCAACGUGUCUUGCCAUUGAGCCAUAUCCCUCGGUGAAUUUCUUCCUAAUGGCGAACAACGUGGGCCGACUACACGAACCAAAUGCUUCAGACAUUCAUUUACCAAAUUCUGCUGAUGUUGUCCACAAUGGCGUUCACAUUUCAGUUCAAUGUUUUCCUUUCAUAGAUUUAAUGUUUGCUCUUAACAUAACUACUAUAAAUUAUUUCAGCCUUGAUAUAGAGGGCCAUGAGCUUCAGGUGUUAAAAACAAUUCCUUUUGACAUGAUAAACAUAGAGACAUUUUCGGUGGAAUUCUCUCACGUUGAAAGUGGUAAGAGAAGUUUAAUCGAUUUCAUGGAAUCAAAAGGUUAUUAUAUAUAUUCUUUAGUUGUGAGAUCUGACAAUUUGGCUCACGAUAUAAUAUUUAUGAAAUAUGAUUAUGAGAAUUCUAAUUUGUUAAAAUAAUUUCGUUUUGAUUACGUUAUUUUGUGUUCGUUGAUCUAAAAUAUUUUUGAUACAUCUUAAAUAAAAUAAUAUAUUUUAAAA